UUCUACCAGCACAUUCGAUCGCAUGGUCCCGGGACAAGCUGCUGAAGCAUUGCUUGGUGUAUCUGGCGGCAAUCUAUCGCAGUCCGCUUACGAAGGUAGAAUAAGCUACCCGUUUCUGACUUGGCGUUCGCUAGAGACAUAACAAACCAUACCAAACUGACGACGAAGAUGUCAAUUCAUCUGAGUUUUAGCUGAUACUAAGAGACUAAUUGAAAGUGAUACAUUUAUCUUUAAGAAAAAGUUGUGAAAAGGAAUUAAGAUGGGAGGUUGUGGGUCGAAGAAAGCAAAUCAGAAAGAUCUUUUAAUAGAGAGUAUCGAAGCCCACGAAAAAGGCAUCAAUUGUAUGGCUUUAAGUGAAGAUGGUUCUGUCUUGGCAACUGGAAGUGAAGACAGAUCUUUGCGUCUCUGGUGUACGAAAACCAGCCAGUGCGAGUGCAUAGGGACGUUGCGAGGGCAUGAAGAUUACAUCACUUGUAUCCUCAUUGAGGAUUGUUACGUUCUGACCGGAAGUGCCGAUAAAACUCUUAGAAAAUGGGAUGUAAGUACUCUGGAGUGCGUUUUGGUCUGCCGUGGACAUACCUCAGUUAUAUACCGUAUGAUCUGUACAGGGGACUUUAUUUUCACGAGUUCCUACGACAGAACGGCCAGGUGCUGGGAUUUCGACAAUGGGGAGUGUUUGAGAGUUUUCAGGGGACACAAACGAGGGGUAUAUCCCUUGAUAUUUAUACCCGCAGACGACGAUGAAAUGGAUGAUGACGUUGAUCCCGAUGGAAGUAAAGACAUUCUUAUUACUGGAUCAGCUGACUGUACGGCCAGGUCGUGGAAUUUCGAAACAGGACAAUGUCUAAAGGUAUUCAAAGGAAAAGACCGCGACGGCAACAAUGUGGGACAUACAGGGGCGAUAACCUGUAUGGCUACAGAUGCCCUGGGGAGAAUUUUGUUUACAGGAAGCACUGACAAUACCGUCAGGAGCUGGAACCUUCUGCGUGGGGAACAGUUAAAGGUGUUUUCCGGUCACACUGGCUCCGUCAUCUGUAUGCAGAUUGUAAACAAGAUAAUGUACACCGGAAGUUCCGACCAUACUGCGCGUGCAUGGGUGACUGAAUUCGGUGAUUGUACCAGGAUAUUCAAAGGUCACAAACACACAGUCAGUGUCAUUAAGGUCAAGGAUGGACUAGUGUACACGGGUUCGGGUGAUUGUACGAUAAGAAGCUACGAUGCCAAAUCAGGCGAUAUGAAAAAAGUAUUUAUUGGUCACGACUUCGCAGUUACCGCCCUUGAGGUAGUUGGCGGGAAACUGUUCACUGGGUCAUAUGACGGAUUCCUGAAAGUCUGGGACGCAACCGGAAUCAAGGAUGACACAACAUUUGGAAAAGAUGAGAACAAGAACGAAAAAGAGAAGGUCGAAAAUCAACAGAAAGUGGACAACAAUCAAAACGGAAUCGACAACAAGAUCAUGAUUGACUGACCGUAGCAUUGAUAAAUCUUAGGUUUGGUACAAAAGCUUUGCACAUGUUGGACACGUUCAAUGGCAUAAUGGAAAAUGAAAGAAAUAUAUCUUUGACAAAGUGGUUAUUUUUUCCUGAUGUGUAGAAUUGUUAUAUCAUGUAUAUUUAUAUAUGUAGAAUGAUUACCACAUUUAGAUGUGUUACUACACUGUCAACUUCAUUAUAAUAUAUUGACAUAUAUUCUGUUUUGAUUGUUGACACACAAGCUCCUUUUUGUCACGACUUAUGGAAUAAUGGCUUUGAGAGCACAAGAGUUCAUGUAUUGCUAAAUCCCUAAGGAAACUUAAAGUGACUAGUAUAUUUUAUGCUUUCCAGAAUAUUGCAAUCCAACAAGAUUUACAAGGAUUCGUAUUUGUCAAAUAAAGCAUUUAAUAAUUCAAUGCAUCCUUUUUGCAUGGGCAGAGAUACGGAUGUAGGAUUUUGUUUUAAUUAACAAUAUACUGAGUAUCGAUGACAAUCCUUUUCACUUCUCUUUCACUAGUUGUUUUCGUUGUGCAAUAUUGUUUAGCUAGCGAACUGAGACAGAUUUUCGCAGCAGGAAUGAUUUGUAUCACGGUCUACUACAUUAUAUGAAUUGACCCCGAGCACUAGCUUCAUCAAUAAUGAACUAUUGUAUCGAUUCAUGCUGUGCAGUCUGAAGCUGUAUUGCAUAAUCCCGAUUGAUUUAUGUUAUUCAGUACUUAAUUUUGUUAUGAAUGUUUACACAAGUACAUGUUUUCAUACAAUGUUAAUUAUUUCCUAAUGUAUUCAUUUAUUUAUUGCAAUAUAAUUUUAUUACUUUUAUUUAGAGUUCUGGGUACAUAUGUAACCCAAAUUAUACCCUCACAUUGUUUCUGAUAAUGAAUGAACUUUGUAUCUCAAAACAAACCGUCCUUGUGAAUAAUGUAAAUGAAAAACGUUCUUUGACAAUCGUGUUGAAACCUGUAGUACCGUAUCAUGUUAAAAGUUUUGAAGGAUUUUUUUUCUUUUGUCAAAAGGAAUUGUAUAAUGAGAGAGAUAGAAGAACAUAUAGUGGGUAUAUUAAGAUUAUAAACCGUUUCAAAUAUUUAUAGCAUGUCAAAUAUGCCGUCCAUUGAAAGGAAUAUUAUUUCAAAUUAUUAAUAUAAGCAUUAUACAAACUUUUAUCGAGAAAAUAGUCUAUAACGUAUUUUGAUAAAAGGAAGUGUUACCUUUGUAUGUAAUUUUGGUCAUGAUCAUUUGUGUAAGACAUGAACACAACUGAAUUGUGAAAUUAUUAUAAUCUCUAUUCAGUUGUCUUUAAAUACUGUAUGCAUUUACCUUGGUAUGUUUUUGCUCCCUAUAUUUGUACGAAUAGAAUAAGCAUGUUUUACAGCUCUUUUUUUUUAUUAAAUGAAAAUGUUUAUUUACAAUUAUGUACUGAUCGAAAAUUAUGUCAAGAAAUAUUUCAUGUUAAUUUUCUCUGUGCAAUUAUUGCAGAUUUUGCUGACAUUUCAAUUACUUUCUAAUACGGACACACCUUCGUCAAAGAGAGACAAGGAAAAAAGUUACUAUAUUCGCAGUAAAAAGAAUGUUGACAUAAUUUUCAUCUCUUUCAGCACGCAGUAGUUCCUUACCAUUGUGUCAACAGAUAAAUAACUAAUCGUUCGUAAUUAUUUGUCAAAGAAUUGAAAAAAAAAAUCAGAACACGAUAUUAUCCCGCACCAGUAGCAUCAAACUACAAAUGAUCACCGAUUCUUUUUUUUUAAAUUAUACACAGGUAUUAUGUAUAGAUAUGUGUGUGUGUGUUCUUAGAGAUUGGUUGUUUUUCUUGCAGUUUUCUGCUAAAGUAUAAAAAAAAAAAUUGUGCAAUACUAGUAUCGAAAUAUUUCCUAUCAAAUAUACUGAUCUCUGUAUUAACAUAGAAAGUAUCAAUAUCAUAUACAUAUUUUGAUAACUGAAACAAGAAAGAAACAUUUUUAAAUAGAUAAAAGGCACACUUAAUUUGUACAACUAUUUAUGUUGCGUAGUUAGAGCAAGAUCACUAAUUUUCAAAUGUCGUGAAUUCGUUGUCCUUCUGUGAACUUAUACUGCUAUAUAGACUGUGAUAUUAUGCUAGAAAAUUUGAGGAACCAUUGAAGACAUAUGUUCCGAUCAACAUUUUUUUCUUGUUAUCCUCUAUUUUGUGAUAAAUAAAUGUUAAACUGCAA